UCACGCGGGGGCGGCGCGCGCUGCUCCGCUCCGCCUCUAGUCGCUCGCGCUCUGCCUCCACAGAAGCCGAAGGAGGAAAAACACAAGAAAAGGAAAAAAAAACCUCGUCAGAGCCGCAACGGAGAGCCGAGCUUACAAACGGAGAAAGAAGGACGAGCAGAAGUCCCCAUCACCAUGAGGAGCUCCGCCGGUAGACACCUGUGCUUGCUGCUGCUUUUCUUCCCGCUCUCGUGGGCAGAGGACACGAAGAAAGACGUGAGGAAGAGCGAGAAUGUCACAGUUUGGGGACAAGCAAAGACCAGGCGACUAUUUGCAAGGCACAAGAUUUCUCCAGCAGAACAUGCUCGCAUUAUUAGACACAAGUCCCACAUCAUGCCCCCAGCUCGUCGCUGCGGCCGCCUGAUGGAAAACUGCUCCUCACACAUGCCUUGCUGCGACCCCUGCGCCUCCUGUCGCUGCCGACUCUUUAACACCAUCUGUCACUGCUGGAGAAUAAACCCCCUGUGCUUGAAGAGGACCUAGAGGGCGUGCGCACAGAUGCUCCCCUGUUACACGUCUUCGCAUACAGUGGAGUUUUCUAUAUUUCUGCGUAAAUGUGACCUGGAACAUCAUCAAAUGGCUGAGUGCAAUAGCUGUGAAUAAAAUGGUGAAGCUGUACAAGGAACAGGAAUGUUUCUGAAAGUUGCUAACUGUCCCUGUAUGCAGCAUUAACGGGCUCAUAAAAAUGUGACACUUGCUACAUGUCAUAAAAAGUACAAUGUUGCCUGUAUAAGGAGCUAUUGUUAUACACUGGCAGAAUAGGGUGCCUUUAAGACCCAGUCAUUAACUGCCCGUUAGAUUACGUCAGUGUUACUAUCUACAGUGAGUUGUCUUACAAACAUGGGACAGUUUAAUGUGCGACAGCUAAGCUAGAGAUUGCCUUAAAAACAGGGAUGGGUUUAGUGUGAGCUUUCACAGCAGGAGGGAUAGCACGAUGAAAAGGAUCAAAGGUUGGCUUUUGUGCUUUCUCAUGGUUCUAGACAAUAACAUAAUUGUGUUUGAUUUUCAAGUAUUGCUGCUUUUGAAUAUUUGUAUGUUCUCUUCUCUCCUGUUACUCUUUCGGUAAACCCAACAUUUAUUGUACAACUUCAACGUCCCUUCUUAAAGACUCACAGCGGAAGCGAUGUGGGAAAAAAAAAUCAUUCAUAGGUACAUUAUUAUUUUUAACUGCUUGCACAUUCGUGUGUGGUUUUAUGAGUUGACAUGACAUUAUAUUUUUGCUAUCUAAUAAAUGCGUUGUAAGCUGA